AUACAGAUAGCUCAUUUUUAUUUGCGUUUUUGAUGCUCCUCUUCUGUACUAGGUUUAGAUGGAACUAGAAGCUUCACCACGCAUAGAUUCUCCGAUCACCGAGAUCAUCUUUUACUCUUUCGAGACGGUGCUGAGGUUCGUGAGAGGACCCUCUUUGCCGACGAGAUGUUGGUCUACUAGCUGCACCAUCGAACUGUCGUGUCCUUCACUCUCCUUUGCUUCAAGUUCAAAUAAAUCUUGAAUACGACACAGAAAAUGAUGGGCCUCAGUGAGCCCGGUGGCGGCUCCAAUAGCUCCACCGCGGACAAGUACGACCCGAUAGACACGUUGAUGAAAUGCAAGUCCACAAUCCGGCAGCUCAACAGCGAAUUAGAAAAGGAGAAAGCGGACCAUGCGAAAUUGAAGCGGGAGGUAUCAUUUGUAAAAACGUCCCCACCCCAGAGUCAAGAUGGGAAUUCUGCAACACAGAUCCAGAAGUUUUGGGAGUGACGCAUGACAAGUUUUUCUCUCUACAGUAAUGCGGGUUAGCAAGGGCAACCGCAUCAUAAAACCAGCCUGGUAUCCUGUUUACAGCAUCACAAAGUGCAUUACACGAUUGAAAAUGUCUCUCAUUGGGAUACGCAUUACAAGCAUUCCUGUAAUUGUAAUUCUGCCUGACAACUCUGAGGUGGGGACGUUUUUACACAGGAUAGGAGGCUACCAUCGUCGGCAAGGAGCUCGUGGAAUUGAAGGGAAAGGUGGCCACGUUGGAAAACGAGAAAGAAAAAUGGCGAGGGACGUACUUAUUUGAUUUCUCGUGCAUGUCAUGCUUUAUUUUCAUAUGCGUAUCAUCAUCUACAUCUUCCAUAUUCGUGCUGUGUGUGUCCAUACAGGAAUGUAGUUGGCUUUGUCAUGCAUACUCACGAAAACCGAAACCGUGUCAGGUACACCGAGCUUGAAAAGGUAAAAAACGAGCUGCAAGUCGCGAAACGCGAGUUGGCUGACACGAGGAAACAGGCGGCUGCAAAUGCACAGGGACUAGGUGGUGUGUCCUCACCCGGGGCCGGCGGCGGAGAUCUGUUAAAGAAAUACCAGGCGUCACAGGAAAGGGUACUGCUUACUAGUACUAGUACUGAAACAUCAUGCAACUUCUCCGAAAUAACGCAUGCGGAUCGCGCAAACAGUCUGGAUAGAUAAAUGUCCCAUCAUGCAGCUACGGGAAAGUGCAAAUUAACACGCGGCAAACUAGUAAUAGAACGUACACAACCGCCCAACUACCAGGUGUCCCAGCUGGAAGCGCAGAAGCAAACUUUGGAGGAGCUGUAUUAAAAGAAAAAAUGCGCCCACGCCGGAUGCUUCAAAAAUUUGUGAUGCAAAGUUUCCAAAUGAAAACUUUUUGUCUUGCAUGAAAGGACUCUGAAUCUUUCCGAUGCAGAAUCUAAGCGAGUAAGGCGUCUUUUACAUGACAGGCUCGGCUGCUGCUGGGCUCUUACGCAACACAAGUUUUAGCUUUCCGCAUUGUGAUGCUGAUAUAUGCAAGACAGGGAAUGUUUCUAGUGGAAAGGUUUGCAAGACAAACUUGCCAAAUUAUGUGGUAGGGGCAUGUUUUAUUGUAAUAAGCUGAAGGACCGGCUUUUGGAGGACGUAAAAUACUUGGAGGAUCGCAGUGCGCAGUACGAUAUCCUGUGCAAAAGUAUCGUACUCGUAUUGCAAUCAUGCAUUACAAGUUUUUUCCUUAGGGUAAAUCCGCAUUACAAAUGUCAUUUCUCAUGCUGAGAAAUUUGUAAUGCAUUUAUACGAAUACGAUACUUUUGCAGUUCAUAUACGAACUCACCGUAAACCCCAUCGUGAAUCGGCAAAAGCAGGCAAUAUUGCAGCUCGAAGAGAGAAUACAACAGUUAGAAGAGCACUGCCAUCAAGUGGAGGGGAGACGUAUUGAUUUAUGCUGUUGAGCUAGUAUCGCUUUCGUUUUUACAUCGGGAAGUUUACAAAGCAUGAGCAAGCUCCUACUACUUGUUUAUGUUUCCGCCCCGAAUUAUAUCAAACAGUCCAACACGAGCGCGAAACACUUCGUGAUUACUACGAGCAAGAGAUUUUAGACCUCCGCGAAGACUACGAGCACCGCAAGCAGAAACUCCAGCUGGAACACGAUGACCACAAGCAAAACCUCGAGGAGGAAAAGCAGCGGAAGCACAAGGAGUGCGAGGAGCAGGUGCUUGCCGUCGUAUCAAAUGCAAAAAUGUUUCGGCCUGGAAAAGUCGGGGUUUGUCAUGUACAUUUUGCAUGACCCGUGACGUCUGUGAUGCAAACCCUAGCAUCACAGAUUUUUCAAGAGCUUCUUGAUGCUUACCACGCAUGAGAAACGCCCUCUCCGCGUGCCAAGAACUGGAUUUCUCUUGCUGCUCAUGCAACACAGCUAUUUUUAGAAUCCGCAGACAGCAUUACAAGUUCCACUCUACUUCCAGACCCAGCCAUUUUUGCAUUUGAUACGUCGAGCGGUUGUACGAGAAGGCGCGGGAGGAGUAUGCAUUGCAAAAGCACUUCACUAGCAGAAAUCGCAUGACAAAUUCGCUCAGCAUGAGAACUGGAAUUUGUAAUGCGGAUUUACCUUCAGAAUAAGACUUGUGAUGCAUCAAAAACGAGAUUAGUGCUAGUGCGGUACUUUUGCAACGCAUAGAGAGCACGGCAAGCUGAAAGAGGAGCACCACGACAGCCACGCGGAGAAGGACCGGCACAUAGCGGAUUUGGAGAACAAACAUCUAAACGAAAAGCACGAGUUGCAUAAGGAGAAGGAGUCCAUAAAAAGCGACCUGCUCAACGCCGAGCAGAAACUGCAGCAGGCCAACGAAGCGCUGUCCAUCCGCACCAAGCUGCACGACGCGAAGCACGAGGAAUCGGUGCGAUUGUCGCAGCACGUGGAGCAUUUGGAGGGAAAGCACGAGGAGAAGGUGAAUGCGAUCACGUGCUUGCAAGGGGAGAAGAAGGAAUUGAACAAGCGGAUUGAGGUACGUAUAGCACUGGUAGGUGGAGGUGCGUGUUGAUCUUGAUGAAAUUUUUGAUCGAAGAACAGAGAUCUUUUCAUUUGAUUCGAUACGCUGUUCUUACGUCUGCGAGGAACAGCGUUAGAAUCAAUUCUGCUACCUCUCUACAUCACAGCUCUUGGAGCGUUUGAACGAGAAGCACGAGCGCAGUAGUAAGACGGUGGUCAGGCAAUUGGAAGCGGAGGUGCUCCAGUUAAAAACGAGUCUCGAGAAGUCGGAGCAGAAAAACGACGAGGGCAGAAGGCUUCUCUACGACCACCACAAGCUCCAGAUGCAGCACAAAGAGCUCACCGCGUUGCUCGACCAAGUCAGAAAAGACACGCAGGACAAGUACGAAAACGUGAUCACGAAGCUCUCCCAGCAAAACACGAAGUUGAAGCGGGAAAGUGCAACUUUAGCCGCGAAUUUGAAUCAUCAUCUGGUCGACCGCGAUAUUGUCGGCGGAAGCAAUCAGUAUUCCUCGCCCGGAAAAAGGAGGUCGUCCUCCAGUAGGUACAACGAUGAUUACUACACGCCGAGCAACUACGACAGGAACUACAAUGCGAAUGAUUUUUUGGCAGAGAAAUCCAACCCGCGGUCAAGCAAAAGCCUGCGGAACCCGAGGGUAGUGGAUUUAGAGCCCAGUAGCGGAAUGAAUAAUGGAAACUCUUCCUCCGAACAGGACCAACACGUGGUGAUCAUAAAGCGCUCGCCCAAGGGCUCGAAGCGCUCAUCUACCACAACGAGCGGUCGGGCUUUCAACUCGCCAGCAAUGCCAGCUGCGGGACAACGGGAGGGACGGUCGUCGGGGACGAGUCGAGGUAGUAGAGUGGUCUUGUCCGAUGAUCCCCUGUACCGAGCCGACCACUACUUUCGACCGAUCGGCAGGUGAUUUUCGGUUGUUCGAGGUGGGGCUUUGCAGAAAUUGUUGCCUGCUGUUUGCACCGAAAUUAAAGAGUAUCUUGAGUAACGUAAACUGAACAGUACCUGUUAGCACAUUUCUUUGGUGGAACACACACUUUGAAUCAGAGUCGACCGUCGAGUGCCAUUCUUUGUUUUCAAUCUUUCGUACAGUUUCAAGCAACAAACUUUCUCAAAAAACUAAAUACCAAGUAAGCACAAUCACACCGAUGACCACUUGUAAAUGAUUUGUCUUUGUCGCCGUCUUAUGUACAAUAUUGGUGCGCUGUUAGAGCAUGUGACUGUACAAUGCAACAUGAAAAUGUUCCUAAAAAAACACGAAUUGAUCUGACUUUUCUGUAACUGUAUGUCGUUUGGAAGCUCGCGCGAAGCUCUAACCUGAGUCAU